AUGAAUCACGAGGACAAAACAGUUGUGGGUAGGUGGGGGAGUGAUGUUCCCCCCCUGCCUGAAGAAGAAGCACUAGCAGAGGUGGACCCAUCACCUCAGGGGGAGCCAGCCGAGGUGGACCCAUCACCUCAGGGGGAGCCAGCCGAGGUGGGCCCAUCACCUCAAGGGGAGUCAGCCGAGGUGGACCCAUCACCUCAAGGGGAGCCGGCAGAGGUGGGCCCAUCACCUCAAGGGGAGUCAGCCGAGGUGGACCCAUCACCUCAAGGGGAGUCAGCCGAGGUGGACCCAUCACCUCAAGGGGAGUCAGCCGAGGUGGACCCAUCACCUCAAGGGGAGCCGGCAAAGGUGGGCCCAUCACCUCAAGGGGAGUCAGCCGAGGUGGACCCAUCACCUCAAGGGGAGUCAGCCGAGGUGGACCCAUCACCUCAAGGGGAGCCAGCCGAGGUGGACCCAUCACCUCAAGGGGAGCCAACCGAGGUGGGCUCAUCACCUCAAGGGGAGUCAGCCGAGGUGGACCCAUCACCUCAAGGGGAGCCAGCAGAGGUGGGCUCAUCACCUCAAGGGGAGCUAGCCGAGGUGGGCCCAUCACCUCAUGAGGAGUCCGUCGAGGUGGGUGUGUCGCCUCAGGAAGGGGACCUGGGGGAGGUAAGUGUGUCUCCACCAGCGGCGGCGGGGUCGUCACUCCAAUCGGAGGAUUCCUUGCCCGAUAUCCCUCCUUUCUGUUUUCCCACGCCCAUACACUUAAGGGAGGGCUCUCCUCCUCCAGGAUUCUUACCCCGUGGGAGAGGACGGGGAAUCUUGGGGGCAUGGGAAAGGGGAAAAUUGCCUAUAUUUGGGUUUCACAUUUCCCGUCCGGGACUGUCCACACUUGGUCAGUCCAGGUUUCCACUGGGAGUGGCCUUACCCCGGCCUCCGCCGGGGUUGGGCAUGCCCAAAUCUCCGUCAGGUCUAUGUUCCUCCCGAUCCACCUCACCGGAAUCGACCGAGUCGGUUUCGCCCAAGGAUGCUGGGUUUAUGCCCGGAGCGGUUAGCCUUGGGGAAAAAGGAAAGGCAAAUCCACGUACCCCAAACCUGGCUACCAUUCGGUGGGCGGCAGUGAGAGACCUGGCAAGGAGGGUCUGCGGACCGUCGGGUACUCCGCGUCAGUUGGCUAGUAGACUGGGACCAUUGAUCCCGAGUAUGGUGGGCCCGUCAGAGGUGGACGUGCCCGCAAUAGAACAGAUGGCCCGUUUUCUGGGUGAGCCAUCUCAGCAGUUUACUCUGCAUCCAGUGUUGAGCAUGUCUGCGCUCAUACACUGGAGAGCGUUGUUACAUGCGGUGGCAUUGUUGUCACUAGAGGACCGCCGUUGGUUUUUGGGAUGGUCGGCUCAGGGGGUAGAUAUUCCUCGAGAUAAGUGUAUCCUGGCGGGAAUAGAGAUUUCUCAUGACGAUGCCCCGGGAAGGUUGGUACUAACAGGGAGCGGGAAGUCUCUGUCGGUAGAAGGGGACACUAGAGUGGUCUUAGUUGGGGCAGAGCCCGGUGAGAGCUGGGCGGCUUCUUCUGGGCCAUUAGUCGAGGGGAGGGGUCGGCUUCAAGGGGUGGAUGCCCAUUUUCAUCCAAAGUCUUGUGCCCGGGUAAUGAAACUGGGCACAGAUCCCAGUUUGGAGAAAGUGGUGCGGUACAACUAUCCACAACGUAUUCCCUGCCCCGCUAUUGAUGUGAUAGGGGGUGUGUCAGUGUACAUCGAGCCGGGUCAUUUUCCACCUACGGUGGAAUGCUACCCGGCCUGGAAAGUGGUAGUAGGGAUUCAUCCCCGGUUCGCAACCACGGUCCAAGACGCGGAUAGGGGAUGGGUGGAGAAGAUGGCCACUAAGAAUGGGGUGGCCGUCUUUGUUGGGUUGGAUUAUUCAGCCGACGUGGGAACGUGGAGGGCCCAGGAGAUGCUGAUGAAAGCAAUCCUGGAGGCCAGCAGGCCGUUUACGCCUGUAGUGGCGAGUUUUGUUGGGGGAAAUUGGAGUCGUGGCCCUCUCGCAGCUGGUAUCCUUCUCCUCCAGGAGAGGUGCCCUCCAACCCAAAAAAUUCACUUAACUUCUUUCGACGGGGGGUGCCAAGCAGUUAAGGAUGCCUGUAGGUUGUUCCCGGAGGCCUAUUUUGGGGUCUCCGGGAAGGUGUUUGCAAUGGACGGGGAACAACGCCAGGCAGUGGCGCUUAUCCCUGUCGAUCGUCUUCUAUUGGAGACAAAUGCUCCUCAUAUCGGACUGAGGGGCCAAGGUCCUAGCGGCCCGAGUUACCUCGGAGAGGUGGCAGCCGAGGUGGCCAGGGUUCGAAAAACCUCCCUGGAAGCAGUGCUGCAAAGCACUGUUUCCAAUGCCCGGCGGUUGUACGGGCUGGUUAACCGGUAA